UGUAACUGUCAGUUAUCUACGAGAAUUUAAAAAUUUCAUAAAUUUUAUCAUUUAUCGAUGUUGUGUUGUGAUUAGGGAAAUAUUAUGUUUUAAAAUUGAAGCAGCUUUUCGUUAGUCAAUAAAAUAAAUAGAUCUGCGAUAUUACUAGGAUAAGAACAACAGUUUCUGUUUUAAAAGGUGCAUCAAUUCGUUUGCCACAAAUCUGGAUGAAGAUAUUAUGAUUGCGGCAUCUGAACCGUUGGAGUUUGUGCCGCACGGACGUACAGUACUUACAAACCAUCCUGGGAAAAUAUACAAUAAUGGGCACAAUGUAUCUGCCUCUGAAAACUCCCUAUUGUAUAAGCUAACCAACUUUGGAAUAAAGGAUGAUAGUAUCUUGGAAACCAAAGAUGAAGACAAUGAAUGGUGGACUAUCAGAAAAGUAUAUUAUAAGGCUACCGAAGUUGAUGAGGAUGAAUCAAAGUCUUCAAAGGAUAGCAAGUUGGAGAAUGAGUCAUUUCGCCCACCAAGUCGCCUAAAACAUGACUUUAACAUAUCAAUUAAGUCAGAACUUAUGAGUGGAUUAAAAAAAGAUGAUCUGUCUGGAACAUCUAAGGGUGGCAGUGCCAAUAGCUCUAGCAACAUGUGUAAAAAGUUCAAUUUGAAUUGUGCACAGAAUAAACAAAAUAAAGGCUUGAAUCCAAAGACUGAUUCUUAUUAUGAAGAAGAGCUUUAUGUCAAAGGAUGUACAGCAAUAUGGUCUAAAGGUUUAAUUUCCUCACCUGGUUCAAAAGUUACGGCACCUGAGCAACGUGAAACAAUUGCUUGUUACACAAUAGAAAACCCUAUUAAACAUGCAGCCUUUGCUGAUUUCCACGUGGAUAUUAAAAAUACAAUGCUUAUAGAUGCUCUUAACUCACAAAUUGGUGACUCAAAAAAAAACAUAAAAAUUGAGGAUAGCACAGAACACCUACAGUCGGAAACCAUGCCUUCAAUACUUCUAAUAGAUAACAAAUGUAUGAGGGUUUUUGCAGUCGAUGGAAGAGAAUAUGUUACCAGUCUUCCUUUUCAAGUUAAAAAAGUUUGGCCAAUGAAAUAUGGAGUCCUUUUAGAAAAAGAUGCAACACCACUACUGCACAAUUCUAUUUUUCCAAUAUCUCUCUUAAAGCAUAAUGAGUCUCAUUACAGUACUUUUUCCAAAUCUAAAAUAUCCCUGCAGCAUUUGAGUGCAAAAUUAAGAGCUGAAUCAAUAUCUGGUUACGACCAUGAGUGUCCAUUGCCCACAUGCUUUUCAUUAAGUCAUCCAUUAGACGAAGUGACACCCAUAUUAAUGAAGUCACCAUCACAAGGCUUGCAGUACUACAACGAUGGGGAUUUACAAAUUAUCUUUGUUGCAUCAAAUCCGAGCAUUAUACUCCUAUAUGAUUGGAAACUAGGAACUCACUCGUUGUGGAAGAUCCGAAAAGCAAUUAGAGAUGAAUGUUUAUCUAUGUGUUCAAAUAUGAAUUCCACCACAUUCAACCAGUCAUGUGACUUUCGAAGUCCGACACAUAGUAUGAAGAGUUGGGGAAGUCCUUUACAUUCAAAGAAACAAGCAACACCUGUAUCGAGACAGAAUAGUUCUAUGGCUAAUAUAUUUCACCAACAGGGAAUGUCACCUCACGCUUCGAUCGGUCAAGCUAGCUCUCCUUCCAUGGCCAAUACAAUGAUUCAGAAUCCGCCUUCGCUGCCUCUAUAUCCAGAUGUCUGCAUCGAGCACAUCUACACAGAAAACCAAUCAUUACGACGCGAUCCUAUAGAACAGCCGAACGAUCUCAAAGCAUUUCUACAUACAGAUCUAGUAGGCCACGAGUACUUAUGUUAUAUGGUGAAAGUGGACGGGCUCAGUAAACUACAGAUUAUGAGAUUAAAAAGGUCUCACUCACACGGACACACAAGUAAAACGAAUAUUAUAGUGGGGUGGAUGUCCUCUGUGGUAGCUAAGGAUGCAGUGGUUCUGGACCAUCUGAAGAUGAUAGCAUUGGUAGAUGAAACUGGGAAUAUUGUGUUGCAAUCUGGCAAUGAUUUGGUGGGAAAGGUCCACGUAGGUGGUGUACUGGCACGUCUGAUCGACUCCCCUUACACCAAGAGGUCCACCUUCCAGUCCCCAUUUCCUCGUCGCAGCAGCCUUUUACCGACGCGUUGUGAUACAACCUUCGAUGACUCUGCACUACAUCUGCUGUCUCCCGUACCCCAUUCUUCUGUUUCUAGAUUGGAGCAUAAGGAAACUUUAGGUAUUCGCGGCGUUUGUGACGCAGCGGGCGACCGUUUGAGCGUGCGCUUUGAAUCCGGCCAGUUGUACCGAAUAGCUUUGCCCCCGCAUUCGCAGGCGCCGCUGCUGCAGCGGACCUGCAGCGCGCUGGCUUCUGCUCUUCCCAAGGAUAUUACUAUGCAGGUUUUAAUUAAAUGGUAUGGCGUUCGGAACGCUCCAGGCACUCAAGAUUUAACACCCGAACAGGAAUGGGACAUGUUCUCGAACUUAAUCCUGUCGCUCAUCGGUUACGACAUCGAUAAAUACAAGAGUUUAGACGAAGAUCCAGAAAUAAUGCCCAAAAAGCAAAGAACAUCAAACGACGGAUCCCAAGAUGACUGGGAUUACGUCAUCCAUUCGAAAUUUCAUAAAAACAUGAACAAUACUCUAACUAAUGUUCUAAACCUCAAAGCCUUAGAGGUGGAUUCCAAGAAGAAAGUAGAAGAAGAAAAGCCGAUUCAGUUCAACUCGAACGCUCUUCUCUUCCCGUACACCGUACAUCUCUUCUACACGUUCCACCUUCUGUACGAAGACUUGAAACUGAAUACGCUGUUAGAGAACGAUUUGCGGGUAGUCUCAAAAUUCCUUUAUCAAAUAGCUAAAGAUGUAUGUCUGGAUAAGUACGUGGAUCACUAUUGGUUGGACUUCCCGACGCACUUCGCGUUUGCGGGUGAGAGUCAGCCUCAAAUACAGCAAGACGUCCGCAAGAGGUUGGUUCUGCCGAAUUAUUUCAGCGCGGAUCCGCCGAAUAUAUUCGCCUAUUUGAACUCUGUGUUGAAGGACGUGGACGAAGGUUGUUUCCCGUAUAUAUCUCAAGUUAAUGACACUUCUAAGGACAUCAUAGAGAUCUUGUCGUCGGCGGGUUGCGGUCGUGGGGCAGGCGUUCGCACAUUGUGCGUGGCGGGGGGCGAAGCCCCAGGGCUCACUACCAGCACUCCCAGGGCCGGCUCCACGUCCACGCACAGUUCGCCUCACGCUGCUGCCGUCAUGCUCGCGUGUGAGAGAGGCUUCACCCCUCGGGAACUAGACAAGCUGCCUCCAGCGCUAUCCCUGAUACUGAUCACCAUAUUCAACCGCUGCAAAGCAGAGCCUCCGACCGACUGGCCUCCCGCCGCCUACCGCCUAGCCAUGAGGGAAGACUUGGCGAUCCAGGCGGGAAUAAAGGAAAAGAUCAGCUCCACUGAUGAUUACUUGGAAACCUUAGCCCUCGAAGUGCUGGAGAAAGACACGGCGUUUACACAAAAGGACACUUACUUGGAUGACGUCAGCGCCAAAUCUGACGAAGACAUCACUGGAAUGGAGCAUUUGAAUACGGAACUGCUGAAGAUGCUCUACCCUGAUGAUCGUAGGAUGACCGAAGUGUACAACCUCUUACAAUCGUCGAAACCGGUGACAAUCAACCUUACCCAGAGACCUGAAGUGUCGGAUCACGAUUUUAUUGAGGAGCAGGAAAAAUACUUAUACGCCAUCGGAACUAGGACUAUGGCCUUGCCAAUUGGGAGGGGCAUGGUCACUCUACGAACCCUGGCGUGUCCUCCCACGGACUCUUUGACGUUACCAAAACUAUGUGUCUCCGGUCGUGGCCCUCCACCGCGCUGUAACACGAUAAACCUAAGCGCCAACGACACAUCUCCGCACUGUCUGCUGUGGCCGACCUUUCACAACGGCGUGGCUGCGGGCCUGGCGCUCGUCCCCAUGACGGGAUCCAGCAUCGAUGCCAAUUGGGUCAUUUAUAACAAGCAACGGGGGACACAAGACAUGUCGACCGAGCACGCGGGAUUCCUCCUGGCCUUGGGCCUGAACGGUCACCUGAAGGAUAUGCCGUACAUGACCAUGUACGAGUACCUCAUCAAGUGCCACGAGAUGAUCAGCAUCGGAUUGCUUCUGGGGCUCGCCGCUACGUUUAGGGGUACAAUGGACGUGCAAGCAACGAAAAUGCUGAGUAUCCACGUGGAGGCACUGCUUCCUCCGAGUAGCGUGGAACUAGAUAUUCAGCACGGCAUCCUAGUAGCUGCGCUGCUCGGAGUAGGGUUGCUGUAUCAGCGGACUGCGCACGCGCAUUACGCUCAGGUGUUGUUACGAGAGAUAGGCAAACCGCCAGGUCCCGAAAUGGAGAACUGCGUCGAACGCGAAGGCUACGCUUUGGCCGCCGGCCUGGCCUUGGGCUGCGUCUGCUUGAGGGCCGGAGACAGUCCGCAAUUGGGCGAUCUGGCUCCGGCGCUCAGGACCUACAUGCUGGGAGGGGACCGUCGAGGGUUUAAUGGAUCCCAAAAAGAGAAAUACAAGCAAGGAUCGUUCGCCAUUCGCGAAGGCUCGACCGUGAACCUGGACGUGACCUCCCCGGGAGCCACUCUGGCCCUGGGCCUCAUCUACAUGCAGACGAACAACGCGGCCGUGGCCGAGUGGUUGGAGCCCCCCACGACCGCCUACAUGCUGGACUUCGUCAGACCGGAUCUGCUCAUGUUGAGGAUUAUCGCCAGAGGUCUGGUGCUGUGGGACAGUAUCAGCCCCAUGGAGGAUUGGGUGGAAGAUCAGGUCCCCGACACCAUCCGGCCGUACUGCUUCGUCAAACCCACUGAGGCAAAUAUUGACUACGAGGCUAUGAACCAAGCCUACUGCAACAUAGUGGCGGGCGCGUGCUUCGCCCUCGGGCUGCGCUUCGCGGGCUCCGGGAACGAAAUCGCCAAAGAAACGGUCCUGUACUACGCCAACCGCCUGGCCUCGCCCCCCAGACGUCUGCCGGAACUGGCCGGGGCAGCCACCCUGGAGACCUGCAGCUGCGUCUGUCUGCUCGCCGCCGGCUGCAUAAUGGCCGGUCGCGGAGACCUCGAAGUGAUGCGUUUGUGUCGAAGGCUGCGCGCGCGCACCGCGGCCUCUCGGGGACCGGCGCCCUCUCGGCCCAAAGCCCACGCCCCGCUCACGCAUGGCGCUCAGAUGGCCGUCCACAUGACCCUGGGGCUGCUGUUCCUGGGCGGCGGCAGAGCGACCCUCGCGAGUACGCCCGAAGCGGUGGCCGCCUUGUUGAUCGCUUUCUUCCCCAAAUUUCCAACUCACACUGAAGAUAAUAGAUACCACCUGCAGGCCUUCAGACAUCUGUACGUCCUGGCCGUAGAGAACAGACUGGUGUUGCCCCGGGACAUAGAUUCCGGGAGUCUUUGCUAUGCGUUCAUACAGGUCAUCGACGUGGAUAAUUACCUGAGAGAAUACAAAGCUCCCUGCAUCAUACCGGAACUGAACCAGCUGAAGGUGGUGAAGAUCGACGACACCAGAUAUUGGCCAAUUCUCUUCGAGAGAGACCGGAAUUGGGACCAACUCAAAACGUUCCUCGAAUACACGUGGUGCGUAGAUAUAAAGCAGCGAGCCGGCUGCCUGCCCUACAGCAAAGACCCGGAAGGCUUCACCACCAUGUUGGGCCACACGCUCACGCUGGACCAGACCAACAUCUGGUCGGCGAAGCCGGACAACAUCGACCUCUUCAGCAACGACGAGCAGGUGCGGGGCUUCAUCCGCCACUACCUGGCGCGGGACGACGCCCACGUCGGCGCGAACGUUUGCGGUGACUGCCUCGUCUUGAAGAAGAAGAGAGGCGGGAAGGAGACGAACGGGACCUGCGUGUGCCGAAAGUACAGCAAGGAGGAGCAGGAGUUCAUCCAGAGCCUGAGCGUGGUCACCUACGAGUGUGUGGUCAAGGACGUGUUGCGGGCUCUGCCCGUUUGGACGAGUUUUUUGAAGAUAAUAAAACUGAUGCGCACGGAGCCCAGCUCCUACCACAUGUGGCAGAUAAAGCUCCUGCUGGCCCAAGUGGAAUCCCUCUCCCGGAGGAGCUCGGACGAGAUGGACGUCGACGACCACGAGAACGAGCCGUUGAUAUCCACCGAGUUCACGCUGGCCGUGAAGCAGAAGAUCGCUCUGGUGUUCGACAAGUGGGAGCUGAAGAUCGUGCCCUUCUUGAGGAAGUAUUUAGGAAUGCCGAGCAGUCGCUCGAUAAACAGCUGCCACGACGACAUCAAGCGGAUUCUGGCGUCGUUCUUAGUCUACCACGAGUUGCGGCGAAAUCUGCUGGGCGAGAGCGGAUUCGACACCUCGGAACUGGGACUGGUCAUGUGCGAGAAGGCUUCGCUCAGUGGUGUUGCGGCGUGCAAGGUGCUGGAGCUGGUCCGGUGAUUGCGGUCCUUGGCCGGUGGCUACGUCACGCGGUCACGCUGUCGGGAGGAUUGCGUCCACGACUGGUGUUAAAACUAUUGAGGGUGGCUAAUGCCCAGUGAAGUGUGCGUCGGGUGGUAGUAGUGCGGGUGACGGAUACCCGUCGCGGGUGAACUAUACCGUUGUUGUAUGGUGUAGAAUACUUCGUUGACAAACUACAAUAUUAUUGUACAAUUCAGUGUUUGAAACAAUUAUUGAAUAAAUGGUUACCGCGUUUGAGAUCGGUACUAAUCAUUGUAACUCUUUCUUACGAUAUAUUGUAAAUAUAUGAAUAUGUGUUCUG